AUGGCGACCUCAAAUUUCUCCCCCACCAUUGCGCAGCCAACCAGCAGGCGGAGCACCACCACCACCACCACCCCGUUCUUCCGUCCAUCACCCAAGCUCAUAACCAAAACCAAAAGCCCGCCACCACCACUCAAAGUCCGGCAGACUUUGAAGUGGGUGGUUAGGCAACAAAGAGACAUAGGCCGAUCAGAACAGAGCUUGUCGGAAGCCACCACCUUUGAGGUGCAAGAACUGGUGGACUUCUUGUACGAGAAUAUUCCUCACGUGUUUGACGAUCAUGGGAUGGAUGGAACGGCGUAUGAUGAGCAUAUCAAGUACAGAGACCCCAUCACCAAGCAUGACAGUAAAACUGGAUACCUUUUCAACACUGCCAUGUUGAGGAAGCUCUUCGGCUCUCAUUAUUGCCAGUUGCAUUGGGUUAAACAGACAGGACCUUAUGAGAUAACUACGAGAUGGACUGUGACCAUGAGAUUCCUUCUUUUACCUUGGAAGCCAGAAUUAGUCUUCACCGGUACUUCUGUUAUGGGCAUUAAUCCAGAAACUAGGAAGUUCUGCAGCCAUGUGGACUAUUGGGACUCCAUUCAGAAUAAUGACUAUUUUUCUGUAGAGGGUUUAUUAUAUGUGGUAAAGCAGCUAUGGUAUUACAAGACUCCGGACCUGGAAACACCAAAAUAUCAAAUACUGAAAAAAACUGCAGAUUAUGAGGUCAGAAGUUACGACUCAUUUAUUGUUGUCGAAACAAAUGGUGACAAGUUGUCGGGUUCAAGUGGUUUCAGCUCAGUUUCGGGUAAGGCAUUUUAACGCAAUUCAAAGUCAUCAUUUGACCCUGAAAUCUCCAAAGCGUCUAUUCAGAUAGUUAUUCCAUCGGGUAAGGAUAUGAGCAGGUUGCCAGCUCCAAAUCAACCAGAAGUUAACUUGAGGAAGGUAGAAGGAGGUAUAGCGGCAGUGUCAAAAUUCAAUGGAAAACCAAUCGAGGAUAUUGUUCGGGAGAAGGAAAAAGCUCUCCGAGCUAAUAUUAUUAAAAACGGCCUGAAACCUAAAACGGGUUAUGUGUUAGCUCGCUACAACAAUUCAGGGAGGACCUGGAACUUUAUAAUGAGGAAUGAGGUACUAAUAUGGCUUGAAGAGUUCUCAUUGGACUGA